CACGACCCAAGCAAAACAAUAAAUUUAGUGAUUCGCUCCGUUAAAUUCAACGCGUAUUUGUUCAUUUUUGUUUUUUUACAAAUUUCACUUGUUCAACGAAAAAGGAUGUUAUGGAGACCGUACAGACAUAUUUGAUAGCAUCACUAUAUUUUUGCUGUGACGUAUACAGUAUGGACAUUAGCCAGAAAUACUUCUCUGACGUUUCAAUCAGCUGUCAUGAAAGUUCGUUUCGGAAUGUCUCUGACAAUAAGGAAGAAAACAAGUUUGCUGCAAAAAGUAUAUGGUUGUUACCAAAUGGUGAUAUUGUUCGGACAGGUCAACAUUCGGAUAAACAGACAAAUGUCUAUUCGUCAAUUAUAAAUGAAACAUCUGUAUUACAUGUAAACCGAAUUGAUGACAUAGACUUUGGAGUGUAUUGGUGUGUUCAGAUAUUGAACGACUCGAGUGUUGUGGCAAAUAAACACACAAUAAACAUAGACGGGCCUCCGAUGCACGAGUUUUAUGAACAGCAGCGGAGGAACGCGAUCGUUGGUGCAAUAUCUGCCGGUGCUCUGUUAGGAAUCAUAUUAAUUACAUAUAUUGUAUGGCAUUUUCAAUGUAGUGAAAAGAUGAGAAGAAAACGUAGACUAACUGAUGACUUAGCUAAAGGAAUUAACAGAUAUAGCACACAAAUCUACGACAAUGUGGGGAUGGAACUUUACGUUAAGAGAACCGACAAAUAGUGAAUAUUUCAUUUUCUAUAUUUCAAAAAUUAAUUUGUUUAUAGGCAUUAAUUUCAUUCUUACAUGGACUUCAUCGUCGCAACCUACAGUAUAUAUUACGUUCCACUGUUACCGGAAAAAUUAAAUACCUAUCACUUUCGUUUUUGUUUUUCAUUGGUGGACACAGAGACUAAAAAACCAAUCGACAGUGGUUACACUUUUGAGUAAUUAUUAUGCAUGCCAAGCCAUUGCUGUUUUCUAAACUAAGAACAUUAAGUUAAUAUUAUGUAAAGUUUGUUGUAUAAUAUGUACAUGCAGUGUCUUGAAUAUCCUUACUCACUUGAGUUUCAUGGAGGUUGCCUAGUAAUAUCACACGAACAACUUCUUAAAGGGAGUGGAUAUUUCUUUGAAUGACUCGUACACGUUAAUCUGAACUGAUAUUUAGUGAACAGCGGUUAAAAUUAGAAACCGCUGUGAAAGCUCACUGAUGAUUGGCAUUUGAAAGGUCACGAGAAGGUGACAUCCUUUUGGUGUCCGUCAGAUCCUAAUGCGUAGGGUUAUUUAGGGGCUGAUUUUAAUUAGAUCGAUAAAUAGAGAAUUAAUACACUUACGUUCAAGCGUAGAAGUAAUUUCCCUGACGUCAAUUGGUUUAUUGACGUCAUUUGUUUCGUCAUAUAUCGUGUAAUUAUGUAAUCGAAUGUCCUAUCGUUUUGAAAGGG